AUGUUGGUGGAGGGCCUCUACCUACACACCAUGAUCGUCUGGACCCUUCUGCUCCAACAACUCAAGUUCUGGCACUACUGCCUCAUUGGCUGGGGCAUCCCAGCAGCUGUUGUUGCUCUUUGGUCCGCUGCCAAAACCAUCUUCACAAAUCAGGCUACAACGACAGAAUCUGAUUUGAAUUGCUGGUUGCCUGAACAGAUCUGGAGGAUUGAUUACAUCACAUUGGUUCCCAUAUUUGUUGUCUUACUGGUAAACUCCUUCUUCCUGGCCAGCAUCGUGUGGGUCCUCAUCACGAAACUGAGAUCGUCCAACCCCGGACAGAGUGGUCUCUACAAAAAAGCGACGAAAGCGACUUUCGUGUUGUUUCCACUGCUGGGCCUCACCUACCUGCUGCUCCUCUGGACUGGCGACAAGCACGACAUCUUCUUCUCCUGCCUCAACGCCAUCCUGCAUUCGACACAGGGCCUCUUCGUCUCCACGGUCUACUGCUUCCUCAACUCAGAGGUUCGUAAAGUGCUGAGGAAACAUUUCGAGAGGUGGCGCGACAACCACAGCACCCACCUGCAACACUCACAA